AUGCGGCGUGGACUCCAGGUUAGGUUACUAGCAACGGUUAUGGCUCUGGCUGCCGUGGUUGUUGUCGACACCGAACAUGUGGAAGAGAAAUUUGACGCGGACAGUGAUCUCGUCGUAGAAGAGGAGACGAUUGAGUCGAUUCAGGAAGCAGCAGACGCGCGGGAAGUAGACCCACGCUUGACACAUACGGUCAUGGAGAACAUCAUUUCGAAGCUUUCGCCGAAGUGUCAUAAGCAGGUGAAAGAUAACUUAGACGAUCCCUCCCAAAUGUCAGAGCGCUGUCGGGAAGAGAUCUCACGUCGUAUUCAGCGCUACCUAAAGCGUUUAGAUGAAAAAGAGAAGACCAACACAGAAGGAAAGAAAACCGGGAGACAUCACAAGAAUAAAAAACGCCGAAGUCGCAAGAAGAAGAAGUUGACAAAAUCUCAGCGCGAAGCGCAAAAGAAGGAAGAAGAAUAUAAGCAGACUCUGCAGACUAUUCUCGGUUUUGUCGCGACUCUUGCGGCUGUCAUCACCGGUGCCAUGUUUUACAUCAACCGAAAACUCAAGGCCGCUGGAAUGUAUUACCCAAAUCCUGAAGCCAAGGCCACGUGCUGUGAUUAA